CGGACGUCCGCGAACCCGCCGCCGACGCAUCUCGACAGCGUCAGCAGUCGCCCGAGCCGAAACCCGUCCACCGCCGCUCCCACAGCGCCUAUAACGCGACUCGGAGUCCUCACCCGGCGCUCCGGAUCUCGCGGAGGACCCACUCGGCCAUCCUGUACGCGCUCGAGGAGGCCAUCCGCAAGCCGAGGGAUUUCACCCCCGACGAGGAGGAAGAGGACGCCUCCAUGUCGGAUCUGAGCGGUGCAAGAGCAUCCAAUGGCGGCGCGCGCACCACGGGGCCUGUGCCGGUGGGAGGCACGCCCGGCGGGAUCAGAACCCCUCGUGAUGUCAUGAGGGAACGCAACGCCCGCGAGGCGCGGAGGCAAGAGGAAGAGCAGAAACGCGUGGCCGAAGAGCGGAGGAAGAGCGCCGAGCGAAGAGCAGCUGCCACGCUCGGUGCCGGAGUUCCCCGGACGAACAACAACAACAACAAUACAGCAGCGCAAUACAACCCAGACGCUGCCCUCUCAGCAGGCGGAUUCGACGGCGCUGGCGAGCGUAAGAGCCGCGGGCCCGGUGAAGUCGCCGGCACCAAUGUCCUCGGCGACCCCACCGGACGAUCUUCAAAUGAAUUCCCAAUCGGUCGAGCGCGAGGCUCGAGCGUAUCACAAGAUCAGCCACGACCCGCCACGAACACGGCCUCGUCACGGCGCGCCGCCAGCCAAUCCGCUCCGCAGCAACCACCUGCAUCAUCAGCAAACGCCAAUGGUGCGGCUCCAGCUUACGACAAUGGAUCCGGCUCACAACGCGGCACUUCAUCACAGUUCCCACACGCUUUCGAACGAUGGGAGACCCUCUCGUCACAUUGGGAGGGAAUGACUUCGUAUUGGUUACAUCGACUCGAGGCCAACACGGAAGAGGUUAAGAACACGAUCCCCAACGCGGCCACACUGAGUAGACAGAUCACCGACCUGUCCGCGGCCGGCGCCAACUUGUUCCACGCAGUGGUCGAGCUGCAGCGAUUACGCGCGAGUAGUGAGCGUAAAUUCCAGAGGUGGUUCUUCGACACCCGGGAACACCACGAGAAGCUCCUCGAGCAGAAGGCGGAGGUGGACCGGGAGCUCAAAGCCGAACGAUCAGCACGGCAGGAAGCCACGCGGCAGCAAUCGGAAGCGGCGGCGGCCGUGGAAUCCGCCAGGCGUGAGGUGAUGGACAUGAGACGGGAGCUGGUCAUCGCCAAGGACGAAGCACGGCGCGCCUGGGAAGAGCUGGGCCGGAAGAACCAGGAAUCCAUGGACACGGCCUACAGCCUGAAAGAAGGUCGCAUCACGGUCGUGCAUGGCGUGCAAGUGGUCCCCUAUUUCGGCGGCCCCAGUCGGACGGCCAGCUCGGCGCCACGACCGGCCACGCGGGAUGGUCCGCAGCAAUAUGGCAGCGUCGCCCCGGCAUCGAGCGCGGGUCAUGUGAGGAUGCAGAGCCCCGAGGAUGAACGCAACUAUUACCGGGAGGUCUCCCCGACCAACACCGACCCUUUCACCGACAGCGGUCGACAACAACAACAACAACAACUACAACAGCAGCAGCAGCAGCAACAGCAGCAGCACCAACCUCUCCACCACGAACCCGGCAAGCCAGAUCUGGCGCAGGCACCCUACCAGCCCUACCAGUCGAUCACGCCAGCUUCGGCGCAGACGACGGUCCCGACGGCAGGUGGCCCCUAUGCCGCAGAGGAUACAUCACCGCAGUACGCGCGCAGCAGCGGCCAAGCGCCGGUGACAUCGUCCUCCGCCGUGCCGACCACCACCGCUGACGCCCAACGCUUCUACCAACAUGCCGGCUCCGAGGCGUACCUCCACUCCCCCCCCGCAUCUUCGGGGCACCUGCCCCCCACGGCGGCCCCCGUCUACCACCAUCGCCGACAACAGCAGCAGCAGCCUGCCGAAGCGCGGUCGGAGGAUAGCUACAUCGACACCGCCCCAAGCGAAGACGACAACUACGACAACGAAGAAGACGACGACGACGACGACGAAACCGACGUGAUCGAGUACGCCCUCGACUCCAGCGGCAACGUCCGCCACGACGACCAAGGCCGUCCCAUCGUCUUCGCCAGCCGCGCCCGCGCCCCUCCGCCCGACGUCUCCCCCAUCGACGAACACCCGCGCUCCCACGGCCACGGCCACGAACUCGCCGCCCGCUACGCCGAAGCGAUGAUCAUCCCCGAAGCGCCCUCCGUCCCCGCCACCGCCGCCCAGGCCAUGGCGACCUAUCCCGCCCCCGCCACCACCACCUCAUCCUCCUCGUCCCACACCAGCGGCAACGCCGCCGCGGCCGCGCCCCCGGUCGACUACGAAGGCGAGGGCUACGGCGGCGCAUACGGCGACGCCGCCGCAGCAGCUGCAGGCGACCGCGGCCCCGCCCAUCACUACCCCACGCGCCUCAGCGACGUCCUCGAGGAGGAGGAGGAGCGCAGCAGUCGCCGCACCGUCGACUAGACUAGGACCGCCGGCCGCAGCCGGGGAGGGUCCGGCACCCGGCAAUCGCAAUGGCAUGGCAUCUCCGAGCGAGCGAGCGAAACACACACACAGAGAGAGAGAGAGAGAGCCCAACCUA